CGUGCACAAAUGGACAACUUAUACCCUGUGAUAUUUUCGGGAUCAAUAUUAGUCGUCGCCAUUAGACCCUACCUUUGGGUACCCACGUUUUUUGCAAACUUGUUACCGCCUUAUUACAUAUUACGCACGACUUCAACAAAUCGUCAAUUGUUAUUAUUUCUAACACGCAUUAUUUUCGCGUUAUAUAUACUAUUACAAGUGGCCAUUAGUUUUUGGAUCGCAUAUACAAACAGAUACUUUCUUAUUCAUUAUGUGCGAAGAAACUCCCUGGACAGCAAAACUUUUAUUAUGACCUCUGGUAUCAUUAUCGUGCAGAUCACGGUGCAACUAGUGAUUCUUACUCAAGCAUUGACUGGACACCAAUUACUACGGAGCAUACUCAUUAAUGUAGUGCAACUGGAAUUGGACAUACGAAAAAGUUGUACAGCCAUGUAUUCGUUGUGUGCCAUCCGUUGGCGUUUAUUCUUACAUGUAGGAAUUUGGAUACUAGCAACCUGCACUUUCGAAGUGUAUGUAAGUUAUGAAAUGUUUCCUGCAGAAUACACACCCCUUAUUUACAUGCUCUCGAUAUUUGGAGUUGUAUUAAUUCAAAUGAAAGGAAUUGAAUAUUGUAUUAGUGUGCAAAUGAUACAGGAGCUGUUAAAUCUGGUACAGCAUCAACUGAUAUAUUUGAAACGGGAACUGGUGCGCUGUGAGAGAAUGGAGCUGCGUUGUAGUUUAUUUGCUGAAUUGCAAGCAAACCAAAAAUUGCUCGCCCGUGUCUGGGAUCUACUAAAUCAAGUGGAGCGAUAUUUUUGCAUCCCAUUAUGUAUGCUAUUCUUCUACAAUGGAUAUUUAAUCAUACAAACCAUACAUUGGGGCUAUAUUAAUUUUGAGCUUGAUGAUUUGAAGCUCCGCUUAUGCCGAAUAUCUCGUGAAGUAUAA